ACGCCAAAAUUGUUAAUUGUAUUGCUAUAAUUGCUAUAAAACCAGCCAUGGAUUUGUGUGAAGACGAUGAUGUGCCCUGCUGCAGUCGCGCCAGGAGUUUGGCGAGCACAGAACACCUAAAAACAUGCCAGGAAGAACUGAAUGUGGCCGUGGGCUAUGGGAGUGGAUUGCCAGAGACCGAUGACGAACGCCCGAAGAACAUGAACGAGCUGCGGAUGCUCGUGAACGACAUUCGCUUCAUGUUGCGCAGCCAAUUGCUGGCCUACGAUGCCAAGCUGCUCAUUUUUGCAACGGCCGCCAGUAGCGGGUGCCCCGACCAGACCCUGGUGCCCGCACCGCCGGCGUUCAAGAACUCCAACACCGACGACGAGGUGUAUGUGUGCCCCAACGAGGGCUGUGACAUGGAACGUCUGUGUAAAGCCGUUCAGGACAACUGGCCAAGCUGCAGCGUCAUGAUGGAUAACCUUUGCUCCGUAGAGUCGAUGGACGACACGUCUGCCGACGACAUAGAGGCUGUUCAUCUGCUCCACUGGGUGCUGGCGGACCCCUCCAGUCCCAUGCUGCGUCGCACCUCAAGAGUUCACUUGCGCAGCCUCUGCAAGCAUCUCGGUGUGGCCCGACCCUCGCAAAUGCCCGUCCAGCUGAUGAGCAUCUGCUACGAGGAUGAGCAGGUCACCCUGCCCGGACUUAGGACUAGUCGGAGCUACGCCUACUUGGGGAUGAACUUCGCCAAGUUGUAUCGCUUCCUGGCCACGGGACACUUGGAUCCUGUGGGACCGGACACCACCACUCGCCUGUACGCCCAGCCCGAGUCUGCCAUGCUCCAGUGCCUGGACCCGCAGCCGGAGCCCAUGCCCCCCUGCUGGAUGCAAUCCCGCUUCGGCACCACACAGCGUGCGCUCGUCAUUUGCGCACUGCCGCCGGAGCUGGAGAAACCAAAAAUUCUAACGGCCGCAAACCAAUUCCUCGAGUACAUUGUCCACGAUCCCACCCGCCUACGCCCUUGCCAUUUGCUCUUUUACGAUGAAGCUUCCGGGGACAAAAUGAUGACAUACUGGCCGGGUCACAUCAUUGAGACGACGCCCCAGCAACGCCGCCGAAGUGCCCCUCGCUGCAGGCCCAUUCGCAAGGUCACCAGCGAAGCUGGUCGCAAGAUCAAGGGUUGGGCUCAGUCAUUCUGGACUGGUGUGGUAUCUGUCAAGCGUUAUGUGGUGGCCUCCUUUUAGUCCUAGCCGUAACUCCUAACAACUCCCAAUAGUUCCUACCAGUAUCAAAAUUGUUCAGAUCUUAGUCUAAAUUUCAAAUGUUUAUAUUGUUUAGCCCGCAGUUCGUUAU